AAUAAAUCCAUUUUCUACAUUUGCGCGCAACUAGAGACAAGUUAACUUUGGGGCGUGAAGUUUCGUGGUGGCUCACGGGAGUAUUUUAAGCUAAAUCCCCCUGAAAAUUGUGUUUCCCCAUUGUCUAAUUGUUGUAUAUUUAAAUGUAAUUGAAAUUUUGUGAAUAGGGGGUGGAUUACUGCGUGUAAAUUGGGUUGAAAAUUGAAGCGACGCGAUCAAAUUUUUGCGGCCAUAGCUGCCUCUCUACGCAGCACACACACACACACACGCCGCCAUCGGGAGGAGGAAGAAGUGCGCUUUUUGGAAGCGGCAGACAUUUUCUCGGGCCGCCGCGAAAAAUUUUUCACUGGCCCCAAAUUGGCCACUUUCCGGCUGAUUUUUGUGGUGUUUGGCGUGGUGAACGUGGUUGGGAGUGUACUGGGGUGGUAUUCGAUGCUGGUGGUGGGUGUGAAAAAACGGGCGCGACGCUGAAAAAGAAGCCACGGAAAAAGCUCACGCUUUUUAGAGACUCCCGGACAAAUGCUAUUUCCCGGUGUCAGUGAUUCAUCGUGAAAAUGCUGCCUUGCUGCCUGAGAGCCCGGAGAUAGGAUCAGCCAGUGUCGUAUGAAUGUUGGCUGGUGGUUGAUUCUCUGUGGAGACAAAACAAGCUGAAAGAGAGAGAGGGGGAGAGAGCAAGAGAGAGAGAGAGGAACGGAGGCGCGACACGGAGAAGCACAUGUAAUGCAAUUGAGUGAUCAUCAACUGUGUUGUGUGCUUAGAGGUAUUUUCUCGUCAAUUGCAUUCUCACCAGGGCAAUCCGCCAUUUUGGGCCAAGAGGACGAAGAGACCAAGUUGCUGAAAUAGCUCACGCUUCUUUGGUGUACUCUCUUCUUUGGGGUCCUCUCUUGAUUAUUUUAUUUUGGAUGGAUUGCUGAGGCUAAAAGAGGGAGAGAGAGUGAGAGAGAGAGAGAGAGAGGAGUGUUCAGCGUGAUAAAAAAAAUUAGAGGGAAGAAGGGGUUUGUUGUUGUUGUUGUUGGCUGAACUGUAACAGACUGAAGGAGUUGGUGCUUUAAAAAAAGGAAGAAAGGAAGGAAGGAAGAAGUUAUUGGGUAAAAGAUGUCCAAAUAUAUGACUCACCACAAUCCUCCAAAUCAAACUGGUGGUAAAUUCAGUGAAUAUCGACCAAAUGAGGAUGAUGGUGACGAUCAGUUAGAUAUGAAUAUUGAAAAGAUUGUUGCCAUAUCAUCAUCAUCGUCUGUUAUUCCCACCGCCAUUUCAGCAGCAACAUCCAAUUCUGCCUCAACAUGCGCCGGCAGUACAAAGUCUAUCAAGACAUCAAAUACGGGGACAAAUCAACUCCGGAUCAGUUCACAUUUACUGGACCAUGGCUAUGGAUCCACCCUCCAGCCACCGCCAUUUAUGCGGGGCAAAACAGAUCAAUAUAUCACGAAUUAUUACAGGCAAACGAAGCGUCGUCAUACCACAUCGGCGCCCGGUCCACCGUCGAAACAGGCGAAAACAGAUAAAUUGUGUGAUCCGAAGAAACGAUACUCGGAAGGCGCAUGCUCACCGGUGUGUCGGUAUGACACGUCACUGGGAUUGCUCACGAGAAAAUUUAUGGAACUCCUGCAAACGUCUGCUGAUGGUGUUGUGGACUUGAAUGUUGCCUCGGACAAGUUAAAAGUGCAAAAGCGUCGAAUUUAUGACAUAACGAAUGUCCUCGAGGGUAUUGGGAUACUGGAGAAGAAGUCAAAGAACAACAUUCAGUGGAAAUGUGGUUCAGCUGGGGCAGAGAUGAAUAGGGAUGUGAAGAGGGAAAGUGACUAUCUUGAGCAGAAGGAGAAUCGUUUGGACAAUUUAAUUGCUCAAAUGCGCGAGGAGUUCAAUACGCAAUUCGAGAAGAAUCGACAUGGGUAUAUAACACGACAAGAUCUCGCCUCAAUAGACAUGUUCAAAGAUCAAUCUGUUAUAGUUAUCAAAGGACCACAGGAUGCCAAAUUAGUGAUACCGGAACAUGGUGGUCUGGAAAUAAUGUUAAAGUCAGAGAAGGGUGAAAUAGAUGUGUUCUUGUGUCCCGAUGCGAGUUCGACGGACAACUCGUCCCAGUACUCAACCACGGAGCAAUUGUUGAAGGACAUUAAACCAAUGUUUGCUUCUGGCUCAUAUAAUAAAUUCAUGAGUCCAAAACGAAAAUCCUUGUUUGGUGUUAGCUCAGCUCAGAGAAAUCUUAAUCCUCUGCUGGAAGGCGAUGGAGUGGACAGCAAGAGGAAGAUUUUCGAUGGUAUCGAUGAUUGCUCGAUGAGUGUUACUAAACCUGUUGUGACACAGCAGGAGGCAUCAUCGAUGAUGGGCACUAAAGGCAAUACAUCGGUACUGAGAACGACGUCGGAGGAGCUGAAGAAGGAGGAGAAUAGAGGGGUGUCUCAGGAUAGUCCCAAGAAGGACAGAACGGCACUUAAGAGUGACGUUAAAUUGUCAUCAAGUCCAGAUGAGAGGCAAUGGAGUCUAUUCAAUGAUUAUGAUUUAAGUCCCAACCACCUGUCUCAAGUCAAUGAAUUUGAGUCAUUCCUGUGCAUCGAACCACCUCCCUUGGAUACCGACUACAAUUUCUCGUUGGGACAGACAGAAGGAUUAUCUGAUCUCUUUGAUGAUAUAAUAUAGAAAAGAAGGGGUUGAUGUGAAUGCUGAGGCUCGGUGUCACAGGAAAGAAGAAGGUAAAGAAAAAUGUGAAAGAAUGAUGAGAAGCACAUUUUGCCAUGCAUAGAAAACACACAAUUUUGUUGAUUCUUCGUCCCCAAAAUAGGUAGUGAGGAAAAGUUGUGACAAAAGUUUUUUUUUUUAAAGAAAAAGGAAAAGGAGGAAAGCAUAAAAGGAAAAGAAAUUACCCUUAAACAUUUAAAAAAAAGGAUGAAAGAUGAAGGAAAAAAAACAAGAAUUAUCAAUUAGAAAUAAACAUGAACUUGUCUCUAGGUUUUUAAGAGUAAGUCCUCAAUGAUAAGGGAAAUAUACAAAUUAGUUACUUCCUCUGUAGAUAAAAGAAAAAAACAAGAAAACAAGAAAGAAAGAACAGUAAAAAAAACAAGAUUGAAGGAAAUUCUAUGAAAGAAAAAAAUAUUUUGUAUAUGUACAAAGUAAAUAAUUUAUAAGUGAUCAUAACUAGACAAUUAAAUUAAAAAGGUAAAAAAAAGAUGAUGAGAAUAAAAUGAGAAAAUAAGCAAAAGUGAGAAAAAAACAUACACACACAAAAAAAAACAAAUAGUUAUGUAUAGUAAUUUGGAGAGGAAGAGUAUAGUUCUUUUUUAUUUUAAGAAUGGCAAGCAAGAAAAGCAGCAAGGAAACGAAUUGUUUUUUUUUCGGCAAAAAAGAAAAUUGGUGAAUAAAAUUUCACCUUAGGCAUUGUAUAAAAAAAAAUAGAGAAAAAAUAAAAUGUAUCUAAUUGUAAAA